AUGUCCUCCUCCUCCGGCUCGCAGCAGCUGCCCCCGCCCAUCCCCAACAAGCAGGGCGAGCCCGAGUUUCAGUUGAAGCUUUCCCACGAGUACAUGAUCUUUCCGGGGGCCACCCCGGGGCAGCCGAAAAAUCAGCUCCCGUCCGUCGAGCUGAUCAUCACCAACCCGACGCAGGAUAAGCAUGCGAUCAAGGUCAAAUGCACGUCCGCCGAGCUGUUCCGCGUCCACCCGCCGAUGGGUGUCGUGGCCAAGGGAGGGCAGCUGAGCAUCCGCUUCUUCCUCCAGAAUAAGGGCCGACCCCCGUCGUCCCAGAUGCACUACUUUGCCAUCUACCAUACUCGCUGUGACGCGGCUACUACUGAUACACAGUCUCGAUACCUCUGGAAGGGCCCCCUCCGCUUCGACGGUCUGAAGAGACUUCCGGUCGUCUUCCCCUCGUCCGCCACC